AUGCCGUUCAUGCGCGACGCUUCGGUGUGCUACACAUUUGAUAUGCGUACGCAGCAGUGGGACUGCCAUCCGAUCAAACUCGUGAACAUCGAUCGACCAAACCCACUGAUUACAUGCGCUAGUGCAAUUGGCGACAAUAUUUAUCUUAUUGGCGGGCGACGAUUACACUCUUAUACACUGUCAAAUGCCAUGCUCAUUCUUAACAUCAAAGACUUCACCUUGCGGCUUGUGGAGGAUGCCACCGGUUAUGCACCACGGCCUCGCCACGAACAUACCGUCGAUGCUGUCCAGGGACGUUAUCUUGUAAUGUUUGGUGGUCUGUGCUACAACUCAAUCGGUGAAAAUGACGUAUUUGUUUAUGAUACUUUUGAGAACCGAUGGUUCUUACCACAAAUUCGAGGGCCAAUUCCUCAUCUACGAUUCGGUCAUGCGAGUACAGUCAACGGGACGGAUUUGUACAUUUACGGAGGAGCCCAAAUUGGCAAUGAUGACGGGUAUGUCAUGUUCAACGAUCUGUACAAGUUGGACUGCAAUACAUGGACAUGGUACAAGUAUGAGCAUCCGGAUGUGGAAAAGUACAUGCGACAGGAGAUUGGACCGGCGAAAACCGACGAUUGGGAGGAGACCAAGGAUCAUAAUUCUAUUUUCACGGCCGGGUUUGGACCGACGGAUCGAUUCCAAGCAUGCAUGUUUGCUUACAAGAAUAAAUUGAUCGUAUUUGGCGGAUUGACGAUCCGACACGACGAGGACGACAACGAAUAUAUGUGGAACUAUUCACUGGAUGAAAUCUGCGUAUUCAAUCCACGCUUACGACUGUGGACAACGAUGGAUGGUAAUUGCCACGGCUUACCUGUAGUGUUAUCUGACAUGAGCACCGCUUUAAUAUCGCAUGGUUGCGGCGGAUUUUACGUCUAUGUCAUCGGUGGACGCAAAAAAGAGAGUGAAGAGAAACGCAUGCGGAUGGUCCAUGAUACCAGUACACUGACUGAGAAGCGGGAAAUUAGCAUGUCCAUUGACGAAGCGGUACCGAAACAGUACAUUGGCGACGACGCCCCUCUACUUCCAUCCUCCAACUCCGGCACCCGUCGAGGAUCUGCCGUGUCUCGUUGGAAAGGAAAAGCGCUCAUCACAUCCACCGGCAAAGCUGGGGGCGUCGAUACUUACGAUGCCAAUUUCAAUUCCGAUCCUGCAAGUAGGUCUUCAUAUUUUAUUAACACGACAUCAUAG